GUGGCAGUAUAUAGCAGCACGCGACCACCACCACUGCACAUAUUGGCACACUCGGUCGCAGUCAACUUGUUUCACUGUCCCACACGAGUCGCCGAGGAGUGCGCGUGGUUCCGCGGCGCAAGCGUUGCAUUGUGUUCUCCUGCACGUAUAAAUUAUACCUGCUCUCUGAGCGUGACCGUUGCGCUGCACCGUCAGACGCCGCGCUAGACCGCAACUCAAUACCCAUCGCCCGCGCCAGACGCAACAAUGGUCCCUCUCCGAGCAGUCGUGUGCUUCGCCCUGCUCGCGGCCGCAGCCGCAACCGACGUCAAGCAAUGUCCAGGAAUGGACAUCCCAGACUUGACUGAAAACGUUCAGCUGUCACCCUGCACUAAACCUCCCUGCCGACUUAAAAAAGGAAGCAAUCAGUCCAUCACCAUCAAAUUCACGCCAGACAAAGACCUCAGUGACGUGAAGACCGGCGUGACCGCGAAUGUACAGGGCCUUGUAGUGCCGUUCGUAGGAGUGGACGGAAACUCCAUCUGCGACAAAGUGUUCUUAGAGAAUGGUGAUAAAGCUAGCUGCCCUCUGAAAUCAGGCACUACAUACCUAUACAAAGAUAGUUUCCACAUCUACGCUUUUUACCCUUCAAUAGCAGUCAAGGUACACUGGGAACUGAAAAAUGACAGUAAAGACAUUACCUGUUUCGAAGUUGCCGCAAGAAUUGUGUAAACUGCAUAACUAUAGUCCAUAGCAAAUAGUCGUCAGAACUAAAAUAAUCAAAAUAUUAAAGCCGUCGCUGAACGGCUGUUGUGAACACAUCAAAUGAUUUAGGUAUCUAAUAAAGUAUUUCUAGAUACAAUUACAUAGUUAUAAAACCUCCAUAUGUAUUAGUCAAACUCACAAGAACAAAAAUAUUUGCAAUAUCCUGAGAGUAAGCAUAGCACAUUAUUUCCUAUAACGAAACCUAUGCUGUGUUUCAGAAUGAACUGACAAGAUAUAUUUAUAUGUUUAGUAUAUGAUCAUAAAAAAUAGUUUUAAGUUUAUGUAGGUUAAUGAGAAAAAGGUCUUGGAGAAUAUUUUUUACUGUGUUUCAAAUGCCAUUACAAUUAAUUAAUUAAACUUUAAAUGUUUUACAAACGUGUUUAAUUUAAUUUUAAAUUAAUUUAUAUAAACCAUAAAUAAUUCCAGGUCGGCAUAAUAGUUUUGGUUCAUUGUAAUUCAAUCAGUAUGAUUGUUUGACUACGUUAACGUAACUUAAUUUUUCUUCCCAGCUGUAAUCACUGCUGGUACUUCAAAACAUAUUAAGCUUUUUUUACCGUCCUUGAGAUUCCAGUGGACUCUAAGGUUGACGGCGGGGUAGAAGGGCUGUACCGGGAACACGUUGGUGUAGACGUAGUCUUGGUCAGCAGGCAGGGGGCACGCCACGGCCUCUUGAGUGUCGGCGCGCUUCACGUUCCCGCACGCAUCCGUCCCAUCGACGCCAAUGAAUGGUAAAGGCACACCGGCGAUGUUAGCGAAAACUUCGUUCGUAAUCGACUUGACAACUUUUUUUGGAGUAAAUUUGAAUACAACGGUGAUGUUGGUGUUCUUCGGGAGUUUACAGCGAGUUUUGCCGCACGGCGUCACUUGGAUCCUUUCCUGCAAAUCCUCGAACGAUUCUCCUGGGCACUGUUCCGAUGGUGUAACAUGGCUGUACACUGCCGACAAAACUAUCGCAAACACCACAGCAACGAUCCACACUUUGAACAUAUUCUUCAUUUUGAAGUUAUACAGAUAAAUAUAAACACAAAGAUAAAUUACGUAAUUGUUAAAACGUUUUGUAAAAAUGGUGAAUAAUAUUAAAAAAGGUGCGAGUUAUAUCAUAAGUAUGCAUCGAACGAGGACU